AUGUCUGCGCCUAACGUAUUCGAAGAUCUCAGUGGAAUCUCAACCUCGUCCUUCAGCAACCCAUAUCAGGCACUGAUAGCAGCCUGCGAAGAUGAUCCAGCCCAGAUUCAAACGAAGUAUGCUCUUCAUCGAGCAACGAGAAACUCUCAACAAAAAGCCAAGAUGCUCGAUGAGGAUUUCCCGGGAGUCAACAUCGACCCUAUCUUACUCAGGUUGAGCGACGCAACAGUUGAACCUGGCUACGCAGAUCCAAGACAUUGCCUCGUUCUCUGGGGCCGGCCCACCACGAAGAUCAAAGACCUCAUUCAACGAGUCCAGCAGGAGCUGUUGGUUGUUGCGCCAAACCUAUGGCUGAUGCCUCGGGACUGCCAGCACAUCACUGCAUUGGAAGUCACACAUUCCAAGAAAGCAGAGGAGAUUCAGAAGCUAGUUGAUCAGAUGCGUGACAAGGUGCCUAGGAUUACCGACUACACCUUUGAGCAUCGUGUACGGCUCAUCAAACCAACGAUUGGCUACGACGCUUCAGCUCUUGCCUUGAGCUUCGUACCUGCCGCUGGCGAAGGGCUACAUUCGGGACGAUCCUUGGAAGAUGAUAAGUUCACGUACCACCACCUUCGUCGAGACCUCUACGAUCUCUGCGAAGACACUGGCGUCACAGUUGACUCGAGAUACGUUGUGCCUUCAAGCCAUCUAACGAUCGGGCGGUUUAUUACGGCCAAGGAUCUCGCCGAUGACCAGGGCGCACCUGACCCUGCAAAGAUGAGCACGUUCAUUAAGAAGAUCGAAGAGAUCAACAGCUGGCUUGAGAAGGAGUUCUGGCCAGAGCACAACAAUGGAACGAUCCCUGAUGGCGGCGAGUUCAAUCUCGGCAUGGAGACAGGAUUGACCUGUCGCAUGGGUACGUUGUGGUACGGGGGCGGAGAGCCUAUUCAUUUUCCAGGCUCCAGCUAUUAUUAUUUGGACCAGGGAUCGCCCUCGACCUCUUUUCCUGAACACCAGUCGCACUACUCUGAAACAAGCACCAUGUUCAACCGCGACAGACUCCCCGGCCUUCCUGGAAGCUCUCCACGACCUCCCCCGCGCAACGACGGCUACGGGCAGCCACCACCGCAACAGCCUCGCCAACCCCCACAGCCAGGCUACGACUCGAGAAUGGGAGGCUACGAUGAUCGUCAGCAGCAGGGCUAUGGUGCGCCCCAGCAGGGCUAUGGUGCACCCCAGCAGCGCAUGCCAGCUCGAGGACCUCCGGGCGGUGGCGGAUCUGCCAGGCAGCUGCGCCCCAUCAAGAGCCCUGGAGGCAACGCAUAUGCGUUCGGCAAUCUCGUCGCAGUUUCACCCCAAGACUUCCCUCCAACGCCUGACGGCAGCGACAUCUACAUCCUCCUGAACGGCAAUUAUGUCUUGUCUGCGAGACCCACACAAGGCUGCCAGCCUGGUGAAAUUGGUCUCACAGAUGCGCAAAGAACAUGGGCCGGAAUCACGCUCGGUCCCCAAGACAUGGUCGCCGUGCAGAACUAUGAUGCUUUCAGCCAGGGUGGUCAAUCAUACUUGGGUGGCGUUGAAGUCGAGGUCGGCUUUGCCGCCAGGAAGACAACAGACGUUCCGUACGAUCAGGACGAGCUCGCGACGCAGUUCAAAAAGAAUUUCAAAGACCAGAUAAUUGCUCCGGGGCAGCAGCUCCUAUUGGAUGUAAAGAAUAUCCCUCUGCGAAUGUCGAUAAGAACAGUACAGCUUGUGGAUCUUUCAAUGGAGAAAUCAGACGCAUCUGCUCCUCCGUCGACAGAUCCUAGAGCUCGCGGCAUUCUCACCAGCCACAGCCAGAUCGACUUUUUCAAGGACGCCCGAACGGACAUCAAGUUAAAGGCAUCCAACAGGCGACCUGCAGCCAACUCAAUUAUCCAGCCAGGGUUCAAGUUUGAGGAUAUGGGCAUUGGAGGCUUGGAUACGGAGUUUAGCGCUAUCUUCCGAAGAGCUUUUGCUUCCCGUAUUUUCCCACCUGGUCUGGUAGAAAAGCUGGGUAUCCAACACGUUCGAGGUAUCCUUCUCUAUGGUCCCCCUGGUACGGGAAAAACUUUGAUUGCGCGUCAGAUCGGAAAGAUGCUGAAUGCCAGGGAACCUAAGGUCAUCAACGGUCCUGAAGUACUGAACAAGUACGUGGGUCAAUCCGAGGAGAACAUCCGAAAGCUUUUUGCCGAUGCCGAGAAAGAGUACAAGGAGAAGGGUGAUGAGAGCGGUCUUCAUAUCAUCAUUUUCGAUGAGCUCGACGCUGUGUGCAAGCAGAGAGGCUCUACUGGUGGCGGUACUGGCGUGGGCGACAGUGUUGUCAACCAGUUGCUUUCGAAAUUGGAUGGUGUGGACCAGCUGAACAAUAUUUUGCUCAUCGGUAUGACCAACCGAAUGGACAUGAUCGAUGAAGCACUUCUGCGAGCUGGUCGCCUGGAAGUGCACAUGGAAAUCUCGUUGCCCGAUGAGUCGGGGCGAGCACAAAUUCUGAAGAUCCACACUACGAAGAUGCGCAAGAACGAUGUGCUUGAGGCUGAUGUUAACGUCGAAGAGCUGGCUAAGCUGACGAAGAACUUCUCUGGUGCCGAACUCAACGGUUUGGUCAAAGCCGCGUCCUCGUUCGCUUUCAGUCGGCACAUUAAGGUUGGCACAAUGGCGGCCAUCAACCCUGACGUUGAGAACAUGAAGGUCAACAGACAAGAUUUCCUGGCCGCGCUAGAAGAAGUCAAGCCCCUCUUUGGUGCCGCUGAAGAAGAACUUGGAAAGCGUAUGAGUGGCGGCAUUAUCCAUUACUCACCGUUCAUCAAGGACAUCCUGGAUGAGGGUCGCUUGUUCAUCAACCAGGUCAGGAAACCAGAUUCGACCCCCAUCUUGUCCGUCGCUCUGCAUGGUCCGCCCGGAAGUGGAAAGACAGCGAUGGCCGCGAGGAUGGCCAUUGACUCGGGUUUCCCCUUUAUCAAGCUUGUGUCACCUGAGGACAUGGUAGGCUUUAGCGAGAUGCAGAAAGUGCAGCAACUGGAUAAGAUCUUCCGAGACGCCUACAAGAGUGCGCUCAGCGUCAUUGUGAUCGACAACAUCGAGAUGCUCGUUGACUGGGUGCCUAUUGGACCAAGAUUCAGCAACACUGUUUUGGUCGCCUUGAAGGUUUUGUUGGCGAAGCAGCCACCCAAGGAUCGUCGCCUUCUCAUCUUUGCAACAACCACCGAGCGCUCGGUGCUUACACAGCUCGACCUCUUCAGUCGAUUCGAUGCCGAAAUUGCGGUACCGAACAUUAACACUCAAAACGAGCUCGCACACGUUCUCCAGGAGUCUGGUGCUUUCUCAGACCGCGAUCAACAACGUGCCAUUAGCGAGAUUCAAGAGAUCACCGGCAGCACAGACAUUGGCGUGGGUAUCAAAAAGAUCCUUACAGGUAUCGAGACGGCCAAGCAGGAUCAAGACGUCCCUGGCCGCUUUGCGAGGGUCAUGUCGAGGGCUAUUGCCGCGAAUAGGACCUGA